AUGUUUCACCCGUUUCAAGGAGAUGUGUUUCACCGUUUCACCCGUUUCACCCGAAGCACAUGGCCUCGAGCCUGUUUCCCACGCCGACCUUCCCGUUUGCGCUCGGAGAUGGACAAACCGGACAAAUUGAACUUGGCAUUUGCAGAAUUCGGAUUGCGUGUCGAACUAAGUAAAAGAAUCUGUGCGCCGCAGUAUUUUUAUGGCCUAAGCACUGGGUUCAAGUUGGCCGGCAUGCUGCCUAUCGAGCCUCGCCUCAAGCCACUGGGCUCGACUAGCAUCCACUAUGCAGAGAAGGCGAACACGCUUGCGCGAUGCCACUCAUUCAGCGGCUAUAUCCCCUACUUUCUUCAAGACGACUGCCAAGUGCCGCCGUCUUCAAGCUCUAACGAAACGCCAUCUGACAUUGAAGGUGAGCCAGUGCUCCCGGUCUGGCCGGACACCGAUGAUGAGCAAGAAGGUUCGGAGUCACUUCCUCUGGUUGCCGUCCCGUGCGAAUAUGGGGCGUGGCCCCAGUGGCCGGUAAGCUGGCCAGACGCCCAGCGACAAAUGCCGAUCGGCGAAAAGGUCGUCGAGGGCUUUGGGCGAGCCUUGAAACAGGCUGCAGACGAAGCGCCGCCACCUAGCUACCAAAGCUGCUUUGAUAGCGAAGUCCCCGAAGUGAAUAUCAAGCAGUGUGUUCGGGACCUGCACAGGAACGCCAGCUGCCGGCCCAUAUGCUUUGUCUACGCCUUUGUCUACUUGUGCCGGGCGUCAGAGUUGAACCCCGGGAAGGUAGAGCUGAACCAUAGGACGGUCCACAGGCUCUUACUUGCUGCUAUCACAUUGGCCGCCAGGCGGCACCAACCUAAGCUGUUUGAAAUUGAGUGGUAUGGCCAAGUAGGCAACAUCCGUAUAGACGAGCUCCAUGAUUUGGAGGCGAAGCUACUGGAGCUUUUGCACUGGGACGUGGAGGUCUGCACCAAGAGCUUCAAGAGGAUAUUCCAACUUCUCAGCCAAGCUGCCUGA